AUGGGAGGGAAUGGUGUCUGCGAGAAGGAUGACAUGGCUGAGCAGCCCAACGCAGAGCCCGACAAGCAGCUCUCGCCCUCACCUCACACCCCUGCCCUGCCUCGGCCUGCCUUCCCCACUGACCCGCUGACCACACCAGCAGGGCGCUCCGGGCCAUGGGGGGAGGCGUGGGGGGCUGUGCCAGAUGCUGAUCCCUCGUGGUCCCCCCCUGGGGUGUCAGAGUCAGGCACUGCAUCCCCCAGCCAGGCACCCACCACUGCUGGAACAUCCCUGGCACCCCGCACUGGGGCUGCUGUGGUGCCUGGGGAUGAGGAGGGAACCACAACCACCUCCACCAUCACCACCACCACUGUCACCACGCUGCAGGGGCCAGCUCCCUGUAACCGGACGCUGGCGGGUCCUGAGGGUUGGUUGGUGUCCCCGGAGCCAGCUGGUGUCCCCUAUGAUGGCAGCCUGGACUGCACCUACACCAUCUCUGUUUACCCUGGCUAUGGUGUGGAGCUCAAGGUGGAGAACAUCAGCCUGGCAGAGGGGGAGACGCUGACAGUGGAGAGUGCAGGAGGCCUGGAGCCCAUCCUCCUGGCCAACGAGUCCUUCCUGCUGCGGGGCCAGGUCAUCCGCAGCCCAGCCAACCUCCUCACCCUCCGCUUCCAGAGUCCCCGGCCCCCCAGCCCUGGAUCCUACCACUUUCACUACCAAGCCUACCUGCUGAGCUGCCCCUUCCCGGCACGGCCGGCUUUCGGGGAGGUCUCUGUCAGCAGCCUGCACCCCGGUGGGGACGCCCGCUUCCGCUGCACCACGGGGUACCAGCUGCAGGGUGCCCGCCGGCUGCUCUGCCGCAACGCCACCCGCCCCUUCUGGAGCGCCCGUGAGCCCCUCUGCCUCGCUGCGUGCGGCGGGGUAGUCCGGAAUGCCACAGUGGGACGCAUCGUCUCGCCCGGCUUCCCUGGGAACUACAGCAACAACCUGACAUGCCACUGGCUACUGGAGGCGCCUGAUGGCCACCGCCUGCACCUCCACUUUGAGAAGGUGUCGCUGGCAGAGGACGAUGACAGGCUCAUCAUCCGCAAUGGCAACAACGUGGAGGCACCACCAGUGUACGACUCCUACGAGGUGGAGUACCUGCCCAUCGAGGGGCUGCUCAGCACUGGGCGCCACUUCUUCGUGGAGCUCACCACCGACAGCAGCGGGGCUGCUGCGGGCAUGGCACUGCGCUAUGAGGCCUUCGAGCAGGGGCAUUGCUAUGAGCCCUUCGUCAAGUAUGGGAACUUCACGGCCAGCGAUCCCCGGUACCCUGUGGGCACCACAGUGGAAUUCAGCUGUGACCCCGGCUACACGCUGGAGCAGGGCUCCACCAUCAUCGAGUGCGUUGACCCCAGUGACCCCCAGUGGAACGAGACAGAACCAGCUUGCCGUGCGGUGUGCAGCGGGGAGCUGACAGACACAGCUGGUGUGGUGCUGUCACCCAACUGGCCAGAGGCGUAUGGCAAGGGCCAGGACUGCAUCUGGGGGCUGCACGUGGAGGAGGACAAGCGCAUCAUGCUGGAUGUCCGCGUGCUGCGGCUUGGCUCGGGGGACAUGCUGACCUUCUAUGACGGGGACGACCUGACGGCGCGAAUCCUGGGCCAGUACACGGGUGCCCGCGGACGCUUCAAGCUUUACGCCUCCACCGCUGACGUCACCGUCCAGUUCCAGUCUGACCCCGGUGCCGGCCCCUUCGCCUAUCGACAGGGCUUUGUCAUCCACUUUUCUGAGGUCCCCCGCAACGACACCUGCCCCGAGCUGCCAGAAAUUGCCAAUGGCUGGAAGACGUCCUCGCAGCCGGAGCUUCUCCAUGGCACUGUGGUCACCUUCCAUUGCUACCCUGGCUUCCAGCUGACCGGCACUGACCUCCUGAUGUGCCACUGGGACCUGACGUGGAGUGGUGACCUGCCCUCCUGCGAGCGGGUGACAACCUGCCGGGAC